GUCAUACCCGGUGCUGACACACACACACACACGCACACACACACACACACACGCACACACAGGCUGUGGUUUCCACUGAGGUGAACUGGGACGUACCAGACAACAGACACGUCCAGUAAAUAAGUUACAGCAUUUAAAUGUCAUGUGUGAACCACUGGAUAAAGUGAAGACUCCAGGUUUUCUUCAUCCUGAAUCAAACAGCUGAAGCUGGAACCUCGUGUUGCUGCGAUGAGGUCGGACACUGAAGUCGACCCAUCGACUCCACUUGGGACUCACAGUGGGUGAAACCAGGGAGGAGGAGUUGGGGGGUGUUAAGGAUGAAGUGGCAAUGUGUGUUCCUGGUUCUCAUCUCUCUGGGCGGCCGGUGUUUCCGAUGUGUCGCCGGUGACGUUGUGGCCUCUGACGAACACCCAGACAUUGGCCAUGAUGAGGACGUGCACCCCCACACCCUCCGAGAAACAAACGGGGAUGUUCUCAACGUUAAUUUCCAAACAAGCAGGGAUGUACCAGACACGAGUAUUGAAACAAACUGGGACAUACUGGACAUUAACCAGGACGACUAUGAGGACGCAGACUGGCGUCCUCCGACCUCCCUGCAGGACACACGCCCCGUUCUGUCCCCUGAAGACACACCAGUGAUUCUCAGUGGCACCCCUGCUGUCAACAACACCAACCAAGUCAUUGCUACUUCGUCACCUCAGUGCGGCGAGUACAGCAGCCAGCUGAUGUCUAACGGCGAGUGCCGGCUGAUGGCAACGCUGCCCCCUGUGGGAACAUCGCAGAAGCGCUGCCCGGAUAUGUUCCGCUGUACAGACGACGUCUCCUACUGGCUGCACGAGAACCAGGACAGAAAGGACCAGCUGGAGGAGCUGAGAGGGACGAUGUCGGAGCUGCAGGUGGAGCUGAGGAACCACCGGCUUAAAGUCAAAGCCCUGGAGGAGGAACAAAGUCUGAACUCAACCUUUGAGCAGCGGCUGCGCUCUCAGGAGCUGCGUCACGCUAAGUUCGACACGCUGCUCCACGUGCACGCGACGCUGCUGGACGAGCUGCAGGCGCAGCUCCGCAACCUGUCGGCCGCCGUGCAGCGCGUGGGCCGCAACACAGGCUGCACGGUCAAGGUUGUGAGAACCACACCCCCGCGCGGCCUGCGAGACACACUGCCACCAGGUGGACAGCUCCUGUCUUUCUGUCCUUCAGACUGUGCGUCUCUGUAUCACAACGGUGUUCGUCGUUCUGGUGUUUACACCAUUGUCCUGUCGCCCGGCGCCAACCUGCCCGUCUACUGCGACAUGGAGACGGAAGGUGGAGGCUGGACAGUGUUUCAGCGAAGGUGUGACGGCUCAGUCAGUUUUAACCGCGGCUGGUCCGAGUACCGCGAAGGCUUUGGUGAUCCUCGAGGAGAACACUGGCUGGGAAACCAGCAGCUCCAUCUUCUAUCCAAUCAGGGUCAGUACAGCCUCCGCGUCGACCUGCAGGACUGGAGCCACGCCCAGAGACACGCCCUCUACCACAGCUUCAGGACCGAGAACGAGGAGAACCAGUACCGCCUCCACGUGUCCGGCUUCAGUGGGACGGCAGAGGAUUCGUUCGGGUGGUACCACGACCACCAGGGUUUCAGCACGCCGGACACGGGCAACAUCUGCGCCGAGAUCAGUCACUCGGGCUGGUGGUUCCGCCAAUGUUUCUACGCCAACCUCAACGGCGUCUACUACAAGGGGGGGCGCUACACUCUGAAAGCCCAGAAUCUGCUUGGGCCGGACGGCAUCGUGUGGUUCUCCUGGAAGGAUUCAGACUUCUAUUCUCUGAAGGCCGUCGCCAUGAUGAUACGGCCACGCAACUUCAGGCCGUCCCGCCUGUCGCCAUAGUGACGGUGUCUGUCAGUCCUGCGACAGCGUGAAGGACUCAAGGCGCUGCCAGGAAUAUCCACGACAAAUAUCACCACAGCAGCAGAGAUCAGCUGAUACUAGUGGUUUUUAACCUGGUAGUUAUUUCCUUCAACUAAAGGUUAAACGAUGAUGUUUGUUUGUUUCAUGAUAUAAAUGUUAAGAACUUUUUCAGUUUACUUGCUUUUCCUUGUCACUAGUUUCUCAGACGUAAACAAGAAACCUGCAGCAGUUAAACUUUCAUUACACAUUUAUUGGAACAGUUACAGGUAAUAAGUGAUUCAUGUACAGGACUUCUCAAAGUCACCAACCUCCUCAAACAGACUACAGAAGAGUUUGGAUUCAGGUGGUUUGGUCUGUCGUGGCCACAAACGACUGGUGACGUCUCCCCCGCCGGUCUUCGUGCUGCUGUUGGGAUGGUUUCCCCCUCAGACUGGAGGGGGACCGUCCCCGGGACACAGAGGGUGUUUAUGUGGGGCGCUCCCUGGGCCGGGUGACAAACUGCCACCACAGAGGGGGGAGGUCGCCCUCCUUGCGGGCGGGGGGGAGGGCCUCGUUCUUGGGGCCUUCGGCCGGAGUCUCGGCCUGAAGCUGAGCAACCUGGAACCCAAAUGAGAGGAGAAGAUUUAUCCCUCCAUAAUACGAGACUAAGAAGAGCUUCAAAAACACAUAUUACUAUCACGACUUAUUUAUUAUGACCCAACUUCAUAGUGUCAAACUGAAAUACUCCAAUGAACUUUUAAUUAAAUUGUUUUCUAAAUAAAA